UCAAGUGAAACAGUACUGUGAAUUGGUUUUAACAAAUAUGCAAAAGCAUACAGAAUUAAUAGUAAUUUGCCUAUCGGUGGGUGUGGCGCUUGCAGCUCCUCAAGUCAGAAAUGUGUUUCCUUCGAAUGUGCCGCGAGUCGUAGCUACUGCCGCUGCUACGUCAGGUAGUUACGACCCUGGUCGCUACGACCCUGGCCGCUACGACCCCGGCCGCUACAACUCAAGAGCCGACAAUUCCGGGCGUUAUGUACAUGAUGACUCCGGAAAGUAUAAUGGUGACCGAGGCGACCGUGGUGGGGCUGGUGGGUUCUACACAGGAUCCAGCGACGCUGGCGGCCCAGGAGGUCCAGGCGGUGCCUACACUCCUGACAACAACGCAUACAGGGGUGUUGGCAACGUUGGAGUUGGCAACUUUGGAGCUGGUAAUGUUGGUGUUGGCAAUGUUGGAGUUGGUGGUGUCGCCGGUGCCGGUGCCGGGUCUGGUGUCGGUGUCGUAGCCUCAGCCGCCGCCGGCCGCGGUGUCUUCGGAGUCCCCAAAGUGUCCACAGUCAGCGCAGUUAGCAGCAAUUCAGCCAGCAGCUUCGCCAAGGUCGGCAAUGCUCCCCCCAGCGGUGGUAGUUACGACUACAAAUACGGCAUUAUCCGCCAAGACACUGAUGUCAACCCCGACGGUUACCACUACCUCUAUGAGACUGAGAACAAAAUCCUCGCUGAGGAAUCUGGAAAGGUCGACCAAGUUGACAGCGAACAAGGUGCCUUGAGGGUCACUGGAUUUUACGAAUUUGUAGCACCUGAUGGUGUCACCUACAGAGUCGACUACGUCGCUGACGAAAACGGUUUCCAACCCACUGGCGUUCUCCUUUCCUAUUUAGUUAUUGUUCACUGCUCUGCGUAUGAUGAUGGCAAGUAUCAUCCUAAGAAAUACAAUUUACAUGAUGACGGCAUGUACUAUAGGCCCUUAGACGAGGGCAAAUAUAUUCCUGGAGAUGAAGGAAGGUAUACUUACAUUUAUGUGCAGGGAUUGUACCCGGACUACCCAUAUGUCCACCAAGUUGGCCCUAAUGGUGGCUUUGGGCCUAAUGGCAGAAAUGGUGGCAAUGGCGGAUAUGGAGGUAAAGGAGGUUACGGUGGCGAAGGAGGAUAUGGUGAUGAAGGAUCUGGUGAAGAUGAAUUCAAUAAAGGACCAGACGGAUCUGAAAGGCCAGAUAAAAUUGAAUACAUCGGCCGUAAGUUCUAUGCUGCAAGAUUUCCAUAUAUGCACUCACUGAUUAAGGAGCUAAUUGAAAAAUACGUUUCAAUAGACACCCUCUUCGGAGAAGAAUCCGAUGGAAGCGUAAAUCAUUAUAUGAAAGUGUUUGGGAACAGGGAAACUGCUGUGAAGUGCCAUUAUUUAAAUAGUAAAAGUGAUGAUGAAAAAGACGGAUUCACGACGCAAUACCCACCUCGGCCGGCUUCAGACAAUGGCAAACAUUCAGGCUCCUACUACAGCUUUAAAGGAACGAAGAUUCUCGAUAACCACAUCAAUAGUGCUAACAUGAAGACUACACUCAAACUAGAAUACGAAGUGUUUUUUGGUGUGUUGGUGCUGGGAGUGGUGGCGAGCAAUGCUCAGGAUGAUGGCCGGUAUAGGCCUGGCGUGUAUGGUGGCGACGACGGUCGUUACAGGCAUUCCGACGAAGGAAAAUAUGUUCACGUCGGGGAUGGCAGGGCCGCGUACAAUCCAUAUCUAGUGCAACAAACUAGGGUCGUGCCAAGCUUCUUCCGAGCCCCAGUAGCGGUCGCACCUGUAGUUCCCGCCGCUUCAUCGACACCCAUUUACUACGCUCAAGUCGCACAACCCUUCUCUAGGGUCUCGCAGGACAGCGAGCGAAACGCGAGGAUCCUCCGCCAAGAAGGCGACGUCGACAUCGACGGUUACCGAUACGCGUACCAAACCGAAAACAGAAUCAACGCCGAAGAAUCUGGAAAACUCGAGAACACAGCUACCGGUCCAGGCCUCAGGGCUAGGGGCUUCUACGAAUAUGUGGGCGAUGACGGUGUUACGUACAGGGUUGAUUAUGUAGCUGACGAAAACGGAUUCCACCCCAGCGGUGCUCAUUUACCUCAGAACCUACCCGUCUAA